UAACACAACCGGGACGCAUGUUCGCAAGACUUCCGAUGAUUUGAUUCUCCUCAGACACUUUUUUUGUUGCAUAGUUGUAUGUGUUUACUGGUGAGGAGCAGCUUUUCUAAUGGAGGUGCUGGGAGGAGAGUUUGGAGGCCUGACUCCUCAGGAGCUCGCGGCUCCUGUCAACACUGUGGCGGAAAAAUGGAAAUUGUUACCAGCCUUCCUGAAGGUGAAAGGUUUGGUGAAGCAGCACAUUGAUUCAUUUAACUAUUUCAUCAAUGUUGAGAUUAAGAAAAUCAUGAAAGCCAAUGAGAAAAUAACCAGCGAUGCUGACCCAAUGUGGUACCUGAAGUAUCUGAACAUUUACGUCGGCAUGCCUGAUGUGGAGGAGAGCUUCAACGUAACCAGACCAGUUUCACCUCAUGAGUGUCGCCUCAGAGACAUGACCUACUCUGCCCCGAUCACUGUCGACAUCGAGUACACUCGUGGCAGCCAGAGGAUCAUCCGCAAUGCUCUGCCAAUUGGAAGGAUGCCAAUCAUGCUGCGAAGCUCCAACUGCGUUCUUACAGGAAAGACUCCCAUGGAGUUCUCCAAGCUCAACGAGUGUCCUUUAGAUCCAGGCGGUUAUUUCAUCGUCAAAGGUCAGGAGAAGGUCAUUCUGAUUCAGGAGCAGCUUUCCAAGAAUAGGAUCAUUGUGGACCAGGACAGGAAGGGAACAGUUGGAGCCUCUGUCACCAGCUCCACUCAUGAAAAGAAGAGCAGAACCAACAUCGUCGUAAAGAAAGGCUGCUUCUACCUUAAACACAAUACGCUUUCUGAAGACGCUCCUAUCGCCAUAAUAUUCAAGGGUAUGGGUGUAGAGAGUGACCAGGAGAUAGUUCAGAUGAUCGGCACGGAGGAGCAUGUCAUGGCUAGCUUCGCUCCCAGUCUGGAGGAAUGUCAGAAAGCUCAGAUUUUCACACAGACUCAGGCUCUAAAAUUUCUUGGGAAUAAAGUCAGACGGCAGCGCAUGUGGGGAGGUCCUAAAAAAACCAAGAUGGAGGAGGCCAGAGAACUGCUGGCCUCUCUCAUCCUCACUCAUGUUCCUGUGAAAGAAUUUAACUUUCGGGCCAAGUGUAUUUACCUGGCUGUGAUGGUCCGGAGAGUGAUCCUGGCUCAAGGCGACAACAAAGUGGACGACAGAGAUUAUUAUGGGAACAAGCGUCUGGAGUUGGCUGGUCAGCUGCUGUCUCUGCUCUUUGAGGAUCUGUUUAAGAAGUUUAAUGCCGAACUGAAGAAGAUUGCUGACCAGAUCAUCCCCAAGCAGCGAGCAGCUCAGUUUGAUGUGGUCAAACACAUGCGACAGGAUCAGAUCACCAACGGCAUGAUCAACGCCAUCUCUACAGGCAACUGGUCUCUGAAGAGGUUCAAGAUGGACCGUCAGGGUGUCACCCAGGUCUUGUCCCGUCUCUCCUACAUCUCAGCUCUGGGCAUGAUGACCAGGAUCUCCUCCCAGUUUGAGAAAACCAGGAAGGUCAGCGGGCCCCGAUCGCUGCAGCCGUCCCAGUGGGGAAUGCUGUGUCCAUCCGAUACACCUGAGGGAGAGGCCUGCGGUCUGGUGAAGAACUUGGCUCUCAUGACGCACAUCACCACAGACAUGGAGGACGGGCCGAUCAUCAAGCUGGCUUUCAACCUUGGCGUCGAGGACGUCAACCUGCUGUGUGGAGAGGAGCUGUCCUACCCUAGUGUCUUCCUCGUCUUCCUCAACGGUAACAUUCUGGGCGUCAUCAGAGACCAUCCUAAGCUGGUUAAAACCUUCAGACUCAUGCGGAGAGCAGGUUUCAUCAAUGAGUUUGUGUCCAUCUCCACCAACGCGACAGAUCGUUGCGUCUACAUCUCGUCUGAUGGAGGAAGACUCUGCAGGCCGUACAUCAUAGUGAAGAAGGGACAGCCCAUGGUGAACAACAAACACAUAGAGGAUCUGGCUCAGGGCUACAGAACAUUUGAGGACUUUCUGCAUGAAGGCCUCGUGGAGUACCUGGAUGUGAACGAGGAGAACGACUGUCAGAUCGCCCUUUAUGAACACAUGAUCAGCAAAGACACGACUCAUUUAGAGAUUGAGCCCUUCACGUUGCUCGGAGUUUGUGCCGGCCUCAUUCCCUACCCCCACCACAACCAGUCACCCAGGAACACAUACCAGUGCGCUAUGGGCAAGCAGGCCAUGGGAACUAUUGGUUACAACCAGAGGAACCGUAUCGAUACCCUGAUGUAUCUGCUGGUGUAUCCUCAGAGGCCGAUGGUCAAAACGAAAACCAUCGAGCUCAUAGACUUUGAGAAGCUGCCUGCAGGUCAGAACGCCACUGUGGCUGUGAUGAGUUACAGCGGCUACGAUAUUGAGGAUGCUCUGGUCCUCAACAAGGCUUCGCUGGACAGAGGUUUUGGUCGCUGUCUUGUGUAUAAAAAUUCAAAGUGCACUCUGAGGCGUUACACCAACCAGACCUUUGACAAGGUGAUGGGGCCUAUGCUGGACGCUGCGACUCGUAAACCCUUAUGGAGGCACAGCAUCCUGGACGCUGACGGCAUCUGCUCACCCGGUGAGAGGGUGGAGAACAAGCAGGUACUGGUGAACAAAUCAAUGCCAACUGUCACCCAGACUCCACUGGAGGGCAGCGCCCAGCCAGGUCAGCCCCAGUACAGAGAGGUGCCAAUCAGCUAUAAGGGCUCAACAGACUCUUACAUCGAGAAGGUCAUGAUCUCAUCCAAUGCUGAAGAAGCCUUCUUGAUCAAGAUCCUCCUGAGGCAGACGAGGAGACCAGAGAUAGGAGAUAAAUUCAGCAGUCGACACGGACAGAAAGGUGUCUGUGGCCUCAUAGUCCCUCAGGAGGACAUGCCGUUCUGUGACACCGGCAUCUGUCCGGAUAUCAUCAUGAAUCCUCAUGGAUAUCCCUCCAGAAUGACGGUUGGAAAGUUGAUCGAACUGCUGGCUGGGAAGGCCGGAGUGCUGGACGGACGGUUUCACUACGGGACAGCCUUUGGAGGCAGCAAAGUGAAGGAUGUGUGCGAGGAUCUGAUCCGAUACGGAUACAACUACCAGGGAAAGGACUACGUGACCUCAGGGAUCACUGGUGAGCCGCUGGAGGCGUACAUCUACUUUGGACCGGUCUACUACCAGAAACUAAAGCACAUGGUUCUGGACAAGAUGCAUGCCAGAGCCCGAGGCCCCAGAGCCGUUCUCACCAGGCAGCCUACGGAGGGCCGCUCCCGGGACGGAGGGCUGCGACUGGGGGAGAUGGAGAGAGACUGCUUGAUUGGCUACGGUGCCAGCAUGUUGCUGCUGGAGCGUCUGAUGAUCUCCAGUGAUGCCUUUGAGGUGGACGUGUGCGGACAGUGUGGCCUGCUGGGAUACUCUGGCUGGUGUCACUACUGUAAGUCCUCCUGCCACGUGUCGUCGCUGAGGAUCCCGUACGCCUGCAAGCUGCUGUUCCAGGAGCUGCAGUCCAUGAACAUCAUCCCUCGACUCAAACUGUCGCGCUACAACGAGUGAGCGGAGACAGGGACAGAAACAGUCAGAGUGAGUGAAAGGUUUAGACUCGGACUAUUUCAAUAAUGAGGCUGUGGAUUAGAUUUGAUGAGGAAAAGAUGUAAAGGAGAAAGAGAUGGACUGAAAAAAGGACCUUUUUUGUUUAUGUUCACAAACUUUAACUAUA